CAUGGUUUUACUUGGAUAAAGCAACCAUUUCCGCCAUUCUUUCCAGAAUAUCAACAGCAACUUUUUCCUUUCAAUUGCUCUUUCCAUUUCCUUUUGUGCAGCGAUCAAAAAGAAUCUUAGGGGGCUUAGAAAGAAGAAGGCAAAAAAAUAUCAGACGACUUAAUGAUAGAACACAGUUGGAGUAAUUGUGUUCCUUAUUUUCGUGAGAAAAGAAUUACAAUAAUAUACUCCAGAAAGAAAUCCAAACUAAUCCUUGCAAAUCGUAAAGAGAGGUUGGAUUCUAUUUCAACAGAUCUGGAGCCUUCUCAUCUAUCUAUCCGCAGAUUUAGUUCAAGAAAGACUUCUAAGCAAUUUCUCAACAACUUUUUAUCCCGUAUCAACGAUCAUCAUAUUACCAGAGGACGAUAUUGGACGCCUGUCAUUGAUAAUCACUUUCAAAAAAUCGUAACUCCUUUACUCAAUCCACGCAUUCUAGACCAUUCUCAACUAGAAAUGUUAUACAAUCAAGAAUGGAGGGCGUUAGUUGGAAAUGACAAAGGAACGUAUCCUAAUAUGUUCUCUUUGAAUUUUAUCAAUCCUUCUCAACUAGAAAUUGCCUAUAAAGACAAAAGUAACGAGCCGAUCCUGUUAGGUUCGGGGAAGAGAGGUGUAGUUAUCGGUGGUUUUCUUCGCGAUCCUGUUUCAGAGAAUCGUUUCGCGGUGGCAAUAAAAAUAUAUAAAUUGAAUGACAAGAGUCCAAUAGCUAUCAGUUUAACCAAGGAGGCCCACAUCCUAGACUACAUUGGAAGAAACAUUAAAAAUAUUGCUCCGUCUUCAUUCGGUCUUGUUAAUUUGAUGACAAAUAGUCAUUUCCUUCCUGUAGCUCUUGUUACAUUAUUAAUUGGGGAUUCGCGAUCAUUCGAAAUUGCUACUCUCCAUCGUCUCUUAAUACAUGAAACAUACAAUAGAGAACAUAGACCGAAAAAGAAACUGAUGCCAAACUGGAGAUGGAUGAAACUACUAGCAGAUUUGUUUAAACUCAUUCAAAAAUGUCAUAGGAAGUCGAUAAUCGUCAAUAAUAUUAGCAUGAACUCUAUAGUUACCACCUACGUCGAUGGCGAAGGUUGGACAUGCCCAGUAUUGACGAACUUCUCAAGAGCAACUUUGUACGGUUCCUUCCAAACAGAUACAAAGGCUUUGACAGCAACACAUCCUAACUUGUUUAAUGUUGACAGAAAGUCCUUGGGUAGAAUUGUUCGUAGUGUAAACAAUGCACUGAAAUUGGGCCUAGAAGACAUAAUAUCUUGUCUAGAGUCAUCUUCAGUUCUAGACGAUUAUCAAACAUUAUAUACUAUAACAAACAAUCUCGAUAGAACAUGGUUAGAAACAAAAGAAGUAUACACAAAACAAAAUGGUCCUAGAGCAUCCAUUGUUAAAAUCUUAGGGAUAGGGAAUGUACUGUCAAAAGACUAUAGGCCUGAAGAUGAUAGAAUACUAUCAGAGAAAGAUGAUUCUUUCUGUUCAAAUUUCAUUUAUCUAAAAAAGCGUCUAUUAAAUAAGUUAAUUUAUAGACAGUAA